CUUUCCAUUCCACGCCAUCCUCACCUCCAACCAUCCACCACCACACCACCACACCACCACACCAAAAACACCCUCGACCACCACCAACAACACCACCCCAUACAAUCCACCCCAACUCACCCACACCAACCACACCACCCAUACAAUCCACCCACACCACCCUCACCCCCCAUGCCCCCAACCCCACAAUCCCACCCAGGCUUCGGCCGAUUCAGCAUCGCCUCAUCCCGCCCACAAACCGAUACCGCCACACCCCCGGCCAUCAACCCUCUGCUCCCCCCGCCGCCCGAACAAUGGUACGCGACGCAAAGCGAAGCGCUCGAGAAAGUGCGCCAGUUCAGCGAAUCGUACGGGUACACGGUGGUGCGGACGCGGUCGAACAAGGGGAAGGACGGCCAGCCGAAAUCGGUGUAUCUGAUCUGCGAUCGCGGGCUGCAGUACGAGUCGCGGGGACGGAAUAUUCGCACGCGACGCGUGCCGAGCAGACGCAUCGAUUGUCCGUUUAGCAUGGUGGUUAGCUUUCAUAAGCGCGAGGGGCUGUGGUUGGUGAAGGUGCGGAAUCCGGUGCAUAAUCAUCCGCCUGAGAAGGGGGUGGAGGGGGAGGGGAUCAUGGAGGGGGAAGGGGAGGGGGAUACGAUGACGACGGCGAUGGAGGACGAUGGGGAUGGGGGCGGGGAUGGGGGGGAGGUGCAGAUGGGGAAGGAUACACAGGGUCCGGGUCCGGGUCAGGAUGGGGUGCCGGUGCGGCAUAUCGUGCCCAGGGCUGCGGGCCCGGUGCAGACGCCGGUGCAGAAUCCGCGCGUCUCGAUGCUGGGCAUGCAGUCGGCGGGGAGCACGUUGUCGACGCCGCAGAUCCCCGAUAGCGCGCCGCGGCCCGAGAGGAUUCGCAUUGCCGGGCUGAGGGAUGUCGCCGUCAAGGCGUACUGCGAGUGGCAGGAGUCGUAUGUCCAGGAUGAGGGCUUCAAGGCCGAGUUCCGCAAGGCGCGGGACGUGGCGUUGGAGAACGCGCUGGAUCUCGAGCAGAUCCAUAUGGAUCAGGACCCGGGGUUCUUUAUGGAGAAUGGGGUCAAGAAGGGCAUUGCGCGGCGGUUUGUGGAUGAUAUUAAGGAGUGGGCGAGCAUGAUCAAGGAAUAAGGCAAUGGGGAUCGAGGUUGAUCGAGGCUUGGCGAUAACUGUUACUGGCACUGAUCGGGUGUCGGCCAUUCUGCAGGUAAAACGGACAGUCGUUUGGCGUUGUGUGAAUUUAGGAUGAUGGUGUACUUGAAAAGGGGACUGGUGGACUGGCGUUCUCGGGGGUGUUUUUAUUUAUAGUCCGGGCAGGGGUCGGAAGAUCUAAAAGGAACUAAUAUCAUUUCGG